AUGUCCACUCAGGGGGUUCCGGUAGAAACGCCUUUCCCCGACAUGAACAUCGACAAGCAACAUGGCCCUGUGCACGUUCACAGUGCGACCGCUACAAUCACCAGGAUCGCGAAGAGCCCACCGUCCGAGGGUUUCACCACUAAGGUCAUCAAGGUCGUGAUGACAUGCACCGGCAACCUUGACACCGACACCAUCCUCAUCGAGGACCCCGAUAUCCUUCGCAUGUUUGUUGAGAAGGAGGGAAAGAUAGUCAUCAGUUUCACGCAGCUUCCCAUGAUGAUACCAAUCUGGAAGUUGGAACCUGCUGGCCCAAUGCCUGACAACCAGGGUCAAGAGGAUACCGAUGAGGACUUCGAGAUGAUAAGGAAUGCUUGGAAGACCUGUCGACUUGUAUGGGGGCGCCAUGCGGGACUUGAAGAGCUGAACAGGCGAGCAGCUGUGACUAUGCGUGCGAUGCAGAAGCAGGACGAGCUUGCUGCUCGAGCUGGUAAUGAGGACGUCGAAGGUCAUUGGAGCGACGCAGAGGAAGAGGUUGGGGGCCAGACUGCUGGCGCCUCUGCAUCGACCGGAGCGCAUAAGCCCGGGUCUAAAGACCUUGGAGCCUUGGUCCGGCGGCGCCAGGCCGAAAUUGAGGCCGCUCAGGCCAUGAGGGCGGGGCUGUCGAACCUUUUGGACGCACCUCGUUUAGAGGAUGAAGAAGCUGAAGAUGCCGAGCUCCCUGGUCCCUCGGGCAUAGAUGACGAGGGAGACGCGGAGGGACAAGUCGCGAACCGAUCGGAAGAAGAGCCUGAAGAUGACAGCGAAGAUUUUGAAGAUAGCAGCGAAGAAGCUGACGAUGACAAAGAAGACGGAAACUUCGGGGAGUCUCUCCCUGUGAAGGGCAAGCGCUCGCAAGGUACCCUGAAGAAGGUCUCACGACCGUCUCAGAAGCAGCUUGGAAAGCGACCUGCCAAGCCCACUCCAGUUGAAGCCAAUACCCAGCCCCCCAAGUCAAAGCUUCGAAAGACUGGGGUUCCGAUCUGGCCGACGACUAUCAUCACCACUGGUACCGCCGGACCGAGUCUACGACAGGUUAUGGAAGAGAUGGGCCAGAUCCUGACGACAGACGCUGAGCGUCAAGAGUAUAUGCAUCUCGUGUGGACGCGUCGUCGAGCCGCCGAGGAAGACAAGGAUGUUACCGCCGAACAAGCAGUGCUUGCUGACCUAGAGACCUUUGUGCGUAAUCACGGCAUCGUGGACUUGCACAACCGAUGGGCACGAUGGAUGGAGUCUGGCGUGAAGACCGCCAUGCCCAUGUAUAAACCGGCAGGAACUGGUGUGAUGGAUGCGGAGGAGCGGAAAACGAUGUUCGAGAGGAAGAAAAGGGUGCGCCGGGGCUAG